UUGGAUCGUGAAUUUGCUUGGUGUGCUGUUUACAUAUUUUAAAACUUCUGUAAAUGAAAACUAAUCAGGUUAAUAUAUACAAGUCAGUGACGCACCUUAUCAACACCCUGCGGUGGAGUUCACUGCUUGUUUUCCACUCCCUCAGCUCUCAUUCAGUCUCAAUGACGCUAUCUUCAUCAUUUCAAAUAUAUUCCGAUUGUUAUAUUUUGGAGUCUCAAAUACGCCUGUAGUUCUCAAGUAUGUUCAAUUGUCGAACGUUGAUUUAAGUGUAUAUUUAGGGAAAACUGUCAUCGCAUGCUUGACUCUCUAAUGGAAUAAUCUUAUACAAAGAACCAGCAUCUUCGAAUAUGUUUCCGCAUAAAAUAAUUAAUGCCGGUCCGGACAACAAUAAGAGGAUACUGAGUUAUUUUAGAGGUGAAGGUGAAGGCUUCGUUCAGGUUGGUGAUCAAAAAUGGAUAUUUCCAGCUGAAUAUGAACGCAGUGCAGCUGAUAUUUAUCAAUUUUCACCGAGACCUGACGAUGUUUGGAUCAUGACCUUUCCUCGCUCAGGCACCACUUUAUGUCAGGAAUUAAUUUGGCUUUUAAAGAACAAUUUAGAUACAAAGAAAUCAGCGGAGAUCGAUAUUCACGCAAAAGCACCUUUUCUAGAGUUUUCCAUCCUCAGGGGCCCUCGGCUAAUUCAGGAAACAAUGAAAUUAAACGCAGAUAAUUCUGCAGCGACCGAUCUGCUAAACAAAAUAUUUCGACCCGAAUUUGAAACCGCUGCGGAAUUGGCAAACCCACGUAUCAUCAAGACUCACCUUCCUUUUUGCCUUCUAUCACCGACCCUGCUUCCUACAUCCAAAGUUAUAUACAUCGCAAGGAACCCCAAGGAUGUAAUCAUCUCGUGCUAUCAUCAUAACAAACUCUUCAAACUUAAUCAUCACGAAUACAGUGGUGAUUUGAAAACGUAUUGGCAGUUCUUCAAAGAUAAUCUAGUAUGUUAUAGUCCGUACUGGGAGCACUUGAAACAGGCGUGGACCCAACGUUAUCAUCCAAAUAUGCUGUUUUUAUUUUACGAAAACCUCUCAAAGGAUCGAUUUUCGGAGAUAAAGAAAAUUGCAAAGUUUUUGGACGUCAAUUACUCUGAUGACCAAUUGCAACAGCUUGUGAACUUUAUGGAAAUUAACACUUUUAAACAAAGAGUGCGCAUCAAAUCAGAUUCAGUAGAAAUCAAAGGAAUAAUUGCGGACCAUACGGAAGAAUUCAUACGGAAUGGAAAAGUUAACGGGGGCGACCCAGAGCUAACUCCGGAAUUGAGCAAGGAAAUAGACGAGUGGACGGCAGCACAUCUUCAAAACACCGACCUCAGAUUUCCCGAGUAAAUCUGAUGGCAAUGAUCUUUAAAACAUAGUCCUAUGAUUAUGGUCCAUUAGACAAGAUGCAAAAAGCAUGAUUAAUGCUUAAAUGUGUACCUUGUCCAGUAGUCUGUUGGACUACAUUUUGCAGUUCUGGCUCAUCUGUAAAAAAAAUCCUAUCAAACGAGGGUAUCAAACGGCAAACAUUUUGUCACUAAAAUGAGUCAGAAAUAGCUCCAUAAGAUUUAGUUCAAUUCAUUUAUUAAAGUUCGAUUUACUAAGAGGUCAUCCUACGUAUAUGUUUUCUCGCAAUAUCAGCGUGGUUCCACAAAAGUAGGAAGAUAGACUAUACCGUUUUAGACAAUAAACUCAUAGUAUAAAAGUUUCCAUACACAUUUUAUUUCUUACGCCUGCUGCUGAAUGUAGAGCAAAUCAUUGUUUUCUCUUUGAAAAGGAGGGGCAUCGAUAAGGGUUGUUUUUGAUCCUAACCUGAAAUUCGUCAACUCUAUGAUUUUUUGCUCAUCGAAGGUACUAUACGCGAUGCAGCAUGAUUUGGUCCUUUCCUGUCUCUUUCCGGGUCUAAUAUUAAUCGUCCAUACGGUGGUCUGAAGGCAGCCCUUUGCCCAGGUGCAUUCGACUGCAAACCCGAAAACCCCGUAAUUUCCGCCAAAAUUGGCCCUCAGAUCUAUCCAUUUUUAGGCUAGUGAUAGACCCAAAAAAAGACCGAAGAUGACCAAAACAUGAUGCGUUCCGUAAAAUAUGGACCAGCAAAGAGCAAAAAUCGUGGAGUUGAGGACAUUUAAGGAGUGCCCAAAAGGACCCUUAUCGAUGCUACUCCCUUAAAAGGAAAGGAAAAUAAAUGUUUGAAUUUUUUAUUGUACUUAAAUUUUAUUGAAUAUUAUGCGUUAUUAAUUACAUACUAUUCUUACAUA